AUGCGCUUUUCCAAAAUCUCAAGUACAGCUUCAUGGGCUGCUCGUCGCGCUGACACUAAACCAACAACAAUCGAUGAAAUCCAUGAACAAGAACAACACCACGAUCAAAGUCUUGCUACGAUUGUUGAUACUGUCUAUAGUGGUGGUAAUCAAAAACAGAAUAAUGAUGGACAUGGUAGUCGUAGUAGUGGCAUUAAUCAGGAGUUGAAUAGAAAUGACGACGAUCGAGCAUGGAGUUUAGCUCUACAACGUACACGGACCAAAGGAUCACGCAUUGAAAAGAAACCUGAAGAAGAUCGUUCAUUUGAUGGACGCACUGGUAAGCCGCCAGCGGGUCCCAUUCAACAACGUCAAGUUGGAUGUAUACUUGAUUUCGAUUACGGCAUCUCAGUUGGAAAACGCUUCCAAUCAUUUCUUAAAACAACGACAGGUAGUGAACUGCAUAGCCCAGCAAAUGUAGCCGGUACGGCAUCCAUAAAAAAUGAUCGUGAAGAUUCGCGUAAUAUUAGUCAUAAACAAUCUUGCAAUGAAUCAGAUGAACAAUUGUUAAAUACUAAUUCAUCAGUACAAGCAAAUAAAGCAUUCAAUAAAUCUA